CAAGUCAGGAGCUCGAGCAAGAGUUAAAAUUUCUUAUUCUUUACGCUACAGAAAACAGAGUAGCCUACGUUGGUUUUAUCUGAACAAAUAACAAUUUGACGGGUCAAAAGGUUGCCCAAAAAGCGAUCACAAAUGGACUGCUGUGAAGCAGUAGCUGGCUAAAAAGACCUGAAGAUAAAAGCCAAAACAUCUUGAGACUACAAAUUCCAGCUGAUAUUCGAAUGAGAUUUUUCACAUUGAGCGAAUCAUCCUUCUCCUCUGUUCGUCUUCUCCCUUCUCAUCCCUCUGUCCGGCUGGAGUGAGGACAAGGGGGUCCAUGGAGAGAGCUUUAAAUGGCUGAGGAGUUGUGUACCGGUUGGUUUCGCAUCGUUGCAGGCUCUUUGGAGAUAGAGGAAUGCAAAUCUGCAACCAUGAUGGAAGGAUUGAAAAAACGUACCAGGAAGGCCUUCGGGAUACGGAAGAAAGAAAAGGACAAUGACUCCACGGGGUCCCCAGACAGAGACGGCAGUGAACCCCACGAGGUUGAAUCGUCUCAGAAGAAGACCAACGGGGCCCCUAAUGGCUUCUAUGGAGAUAUCGACUGGGACAGAUAUAACUCUCCUGAGGUGGACGAUGAGGGCUACAGCAUCAGACCUGACGAGGACUCGGAAGAAGGAGCACCCAUCACCAAAAAGCCCCACUUCUUUUCCUCCGAUGAGUCGGAAGAAGAGGAGGACCACAGGAAGAAAUUCAAAAUCAAGAUCAAGCCACUGCCGGCCGAUCGUGUAGUGUCGGCGCCCUCGGUCGACGAGCUCAAAGCCUCCAUAGGCAACAUAGCCCUGUCCCCGUCUCCUAUGAGGAGUCCGAGACGUAGCCCGGGUUUGAAAAGGAACACAUCCAGUGAGGAGAUCGCCAGACCGAGACGUGUUGUUCCUACUUUACCCACUGUGGCCCCCACACCAGCUCCAGCUCCAGCACCACAACCUCCCAGCAGUCAACAAACACCAGUCUCUGAAGACACCACAGCCUUAUUUGGGCCUCCUUUGGAAACAGCCUUUGGAGAACAGAAAACUGAAGUGGGUUUCUCGGGGUCCGAUGCGUGGGGGGCUCCUCUGUCAGAGUCUGAAUCCUCUUUGACAAGAUCCUUCCCUACAGGAACUCCACCUCCACUUCCCCCCAAGAAUGUCCCGACCUCUCCCCCAUCGACUGGCUCUCCCUCAGGAGAUAACGCUGAAGUGUCACCAGACGCAGACAGUUCUGUCAGAAAGCCCUCAAUAGCUGACUUGGACAACAUUUUUGGACCAGAAGAGGCUCCCCCUGCUGGCGAGGACACAGGCGACUCGUGGGUCUGCUUCAAUGCAGAAUCUCCUGACCGGCCGCCUGUACCAGAGGAACCAGCACCUCCAGUACCAACCUCCCCGCCUCCACCUGAAUCUCCUGCCCCACCCCUACCAACAUCACCACCUCCUCCUACUUCCCCUCCCCCAAAAGAAGAACCUGUGCCCCCUCUCCCAACCUCCCCGCCUCCCUCAGAGGAGCCUGUUGCACCUCGUGUCCCCUCGGGUCCACCUACACCUGAGGACCGAAAUCCUCCCACGCUUGCCACCUCUCCACCCCCUGCACCACCAAAGGAGCUCGCGUCUCCUCCCACUUCCUCUCCCCCUCCUCUUGACGUACCUGCCAGCAACCCACCAGCUGCUGCUCCCAAAGCAAGCACCCCUCCAGCGGUGACUCCACCUGCCGAGGCACCCGCAGCACGCUCCGUCCCUCCGCCACUUACCCUGUCUCAGGAGGAGCAGUCCAAGAACACAGACGUCACCCAACCCAAAGAGGACGGAGGUGAAACUGUCACCUCGCCCAACGAUGCUAGCCAGGGCAGUCGGAGUACACCUCCCCCACCUCCUCCACCGACAUAUCGGGCAGUGGUGUCGUCACCAGGUCCUACAUCAGGAGCUGGUGGCACAAAUAGCGGUUCCUCCUCUCCAGUGCGACCUUCCACUCCUUCGUCAGCGAACCCCACCCCACCACCACCUCCACCUCGUCCCCCUUCACGGCCCAAACUUCCUCCAGGGAAACCCACUAUAGGAGAUGUAAAUCGUCCAUUCAGCCCGCCGAUCCACUCUGCCAGCCCCCCUCCUAUUGCCCCAUUGGCGCGGGCCGAGAGCACCUCCUCCAUCUCCUCCACCAAUUCCCUGAGUGCCGCCACCACCCCCACCGUCAGUAAAGAGCUCUCCGUGUCCGUGUCAGAAGACGAUGCUUAUGUAGACAAACUGCCCACCUUUGAGAGACACUUUGAUUCGUUUGCAGAGAAUGACCAGCCAUCCCUUGUAUGGUUUGACAGAGGGAAGUUUUAUUUAACCUUUGAAGGCUGCUCCAGAGGACCCAGUCCUCUCACCAUGGGGGCUCAGGACACUCUUCCUGUGGCCGCUGCAUUCACAGAGACGGUCAACGCCUUCUUUAAAGGAGCUGACCCCAGCAAGUGUGUUGUGAAGAUCAUAGGUGAGAUGGUUUUGUCGUUUCCGGCGGGAAUCACGCGGCACUUUGCCAAUAACCCAUCCCCUGCCGUGCUAACCUUCAGCAUAACCAACUACAGCCGACUGGAGCAUGUGCUGCCUAACCCCCAGCUCCUCUGCUGCGACACCACCACACAAGCCAAGGCCAAUGCCAAGGACUUCUGGGUGAACAUGCCAAACCUGAUAUCCCACUUAAAGAAGGUGGCAGAGCAGAAGCCACAGGCGACAUACUACAACGUGGACAUGCUCAAGUAUCAGGUAUCGGCGGAGGGGCUCCAGUCGAUUCCUCUGAAUCUAGCGGUGAGCUGGAGAUGUGAGCCCACCAGCACUGACCUGAGGAUAGACUACAAAUACAACGGGGAGGCCAUGACGACGCCGAUGGCCCUCAACAACGUCCAGUUCCUCGUCCCUGUCGACGGAGGGGUUUCAAAACUACAGGCUGUCUUACCUCCUGCUGCAUGGAAUGCUGAGCAGCAAAGAAUCCUGUGGAAGAUUCCUGAUAUCUCACAGAAAUCUGAAAACGGAGGUGUGGGAUCGUUGUUAGCACGCUUUCAGCUAACAGAAGGUCCCAGUAAACCGGCCCCACUGGCGGUGCAGUUCACCAGUGAGGGCAGCACCCUGUCGGGCUGUGACAUUGAACUGGCUGGGCCAGGAUACCGCUUCUCUCUCAUCAAGAAGAGGUUUGCCGCAGGAAAAUACCUGGCCGACAAUUAACCCAUGCUACUGAGAACAGCACUGUUGUAAAAAAACAAUCGCAGUGGACUGAGGUUGACAUUGAGGACAGAGGACGAACCGACACCAGACGACAGACUUUCCGUAAACCUUUUUUGAACCCACACGACAGGUCCGCAGCCUACCCAGCAGUAUUGUAUAACUUGCAUAUAGCAUCGUGGAAACUGUUUUAGGUCAUGUAAUUAUCGUAUUUGUAUUCAUUUCAUGACAUCUGUAUUGCUGCAGUUAGACACCUGGGUUCUUCCUCCCUCUGAAGUCUGUGCCUCUGUCUCCAUCCUCCUCUGGUCAAUGUGUGGUGGUGUUGUUUUAAAGUUUCACUGCAGCUGCCUGACAGAAGACAUGGACAGAAAGAGUCUGGGCCAGAUUUGAACUCUUGGUGACGAGCUGUUUGUUGUCUAGAGUCCAGGAAGAUUUGGCUGUAAAAACACCCAUGAAUAAGAUCCUUGCAGUCAGACAUUCACCUCAACCUCUGACAAAGUCUGAUUUCCCAAAGUUAGACUAGUUUAAGUUGAAGCACUAUAUACGAUUACCAGACAAAGAAAUCAGCUACAUAAAAAAUCCUUCUGUCACAGUCUGAGCGCAAAGCCUGAGACAGCAGUCCUCACUGUCUCGCACUGACGGCAGCCAUUUGCGCGUUUUGCCAGCAGGUGAACGCAUUUACUGAUGCAUUUUGACUCAUGUUGUCACAAGCAGUUGAAUAAAAGAUGUUUCAUGCAUCACCUACUGGUACUACAGGGUCACACAACUUUGGAUCACAUCCUUUUUAAUAUAAAUGCACUGAUCAGUCAAUCAAACUGUUAAUUUUAUUUCUCUGGAAGAUACAGUGGCGGAGAAGUUUUUAGCUAGUUAGGCAGCUGCAAUGAUAAAUCAGUUUAUUGGUUGCAAAAUAAGAAAAAUCUGUUUCCCGUCAGAACAAAAGAAGUGUACAAAGUGUCAUUUUAAAUCAAUAAUAUAUAUCUUAAAGGGCGUUUGGUGUUUUCCUCGUAUUGUCAGAUAGCCUUUUCUGUUGUUCCCAGGACAGCAGUGAUAGACUCCAGAGUACAUGACAGCAUUCUAUUUUUAUUUAUUGAUGACAAUGAUUUUGUUGUAUAAAACGUGAUUCUGUAUACGAAUAGAAUUUGAAUGGUAUCACGCAACUCAGAACCCUUAAAGGUAUAAAUAUUUGAACUCUCUUUUUUUGUUAUCUGUGUAGUUGGGUAACCUGUGUACAGUAUGAGGUAUAAUUUUUGAAUUUAUUUCAGAUAUAAUUUUUUAACUCGAGUGCAACAGAAGAUUUGAGCUAUAUAUGGGUGGGGGGGGGUAAUUUAAAGAAAAAAGAUAAAUAUCUUCCUGGAUGCUGUGUUAUGCUUCGUGAAAGCAGUGUUAAUGUAGAGUUAGUUAUACCAUGGGCAAGGUCCACACUUCAAAGAGUUAGUUUGACAUUUUGGGAGAUCUGUCUGUUCAACACGAGGCUGGAGCCAGGAGACAGUUAGCUUAGUAUAAAGACUGGUAGCAGCUAGCCUGAUUUUAACAAGAUAUAAAAUGUUUGAAGAUUUCUUAACAUUUCCUGCAGCGCCACCAUCCAGUCAAAUAUUACUUGUCCAAUACAUUUAUGAUCACCUGCAAAACUAAAUGCUUCUCCAUCAGGCUCAGCUUACUUUUGCUAGUUUGCAAAUGUUAGCAUGCUAACACGCUAAUCUAAGAUGGUGGACAUGGUAAAUAUUAUACCUGCUAAACUUUAGCAUCGUUAGCAGUAGCAUUUAGUUUGAGCCAGGCUAACAGUGUGUGUCCAGUCUGUUAUGCUAAGCUAAGCUAACCGUCUCAUAGCUCCAGCUAAACAUUUGAUAUUCGCAUCACGAAAUCGUGUCUGCGUCCAAACUUCCCAAACUGUCAAACGUUUCCUUUUAAUAAGGUCAAGACAAAAGCAAUCAGUUUUUCUCAACAGCAGUGAUGACGUUUGGUGACUGUGGUACCACCACUGGAACAGGAUUUGUUUACUGGGACCAGCUUGUUUUUUGUUUUUUUGUUGUUUUUUUAAUUCAGACCUCAUCAGAAAACAUUCUUAUAUUAAUCCAGCAUUCUCAGUUCCCACAUUCAGCUAUUUCCUCAACUUGGACCACAUGUCUGAACUGCUUUCUGACCUGUUUCCAUUCACCUCAGUGGUACCUAAACUCCCUGAUUAUAUCAUGAGCACAUCCCCCGAUCAUCCAACCAGCGCUUGAAUCCAUGGCUUUAUUUUGCAUAAUCGUAAUGGUCUCUGUGAGAUGACAUGAGUUGAAUGAGGUUGUGGAGCGAGGUUAAGUUGACCAAAAUGCUUCUUCUUUUUUUUUUUUUCUUUUUUUUUUUGUAUUUUAUGUGUGUGUACCCCGGACAGUCAGUCCUCUGUUAAGGAGAAUAAGCUGAAUAUUUUUAAAACGGAUAAAAAUGAAAAAAUAUUAUAUUGUUUAAUGUGUAAUAAACACUGUGCUGAUGAUGUUGAACUUCCUGAAUGCUCUGACACUCGACAUGAAGAACAAAAAGUGUGUGUGAAGCGUAGCCGAAGAUCUCCGUACUGUACUGUGUGUCGGCAUUCUGCUAAAUGCAACCAAUCAGAAUCCUUUCAGAGCCAUCGUAGAACCAUGUUAGGCUGAAUGUAGGACAAGCAGGUUAUUAGCAACGUGUCAAUACUCCUAUUAAAUGAUAGCGUAUUUUUAAUUGGACAAAGUUUUAACAUAGUUAUUGGCUAAUAAAAAGAUCAGAUUUGAGCUGUGCAGUUCAAAUAAAAGACUUGUUUUUAACAGAUUUAUUCCUGUGCAGACUCCAUGUGGAUUACUCUGAGGUUGCAUUUAUUUUAUCAAUGCAAGGUGAUGAUGAUUGGUGCCAUUUAGCUCCCACAUUAGUUUGGUAACAUUUUGCUUUCAGUCAUGUUAGUCCUUCAUCUAGUUGGAUCAACAUGGUUGACAGGAAGCUGUAACCUUCUACGUGAAUCUUAAAGCUCCAGCGCAACAGUCACUACAGCAUUAUCUACAGAGGCCCACCACAAACAUCCCCCAUCAUGCAUCUGUUUUAAAUCACCACUACACUAAGUUUAAAUGUCUUUCCAUUUGGAAGUCAUGUUGCAGUACAAAAGUCACUCUCAGUCUGUUUGCUGCAUCAUCCAGUUUGGGGGGGAAAAAAAGGAACAAAACUUUUCCAGAUCUUCAUCUCUGUGCUGAAUUUGUCCUGCAGUAAUUCAUUAUUGGAUGCAGAGCAUGCAGUAAAAGGUGGGGCAUCUAUGAUGAUAGGUAGUGCUGCAUUGACGUGUUGUGCUGAGUGUCAGUUACCUGUAUUAAUGUUGAGAAGAGAGCAGGGAGUGUGUUUAUGUGUGCUAUAAGCCAGAAUGCUUUUUGGUUCUGUACCGUUAACCUCAAACACAUGUGCAAGCUGUUUGUACAGUACAUAACAACGCUAAGAUGAACUGAGAAACUUAGUUUGCUUCUUUCCAAAACCAAUAAAAGUUAUAACUGGAA